CAGGCGCACUGGUUGAGGGGCGCGCGCAAUGGCAGGUGCUGAGGUAUUGCCGCGACCCGCGAUGGGGCUACCCGCGCUCUUGCUGCUUGCUCUUUGCGCGGCGGGUGCCCGGGGGCUCUACUUCCACAUCGGCGAGACCGAGAAGCGCUGCUUCAUCGAGGAGAUCCCUGACGAGACCAUGGUCAUCGGGAAUUAUCGCACCCAAAUGUGGGAUAAACAAAAGGAGGUCUUCCUGCCCUCAACCCCUGGCUUGGGGAUGCAUGUGGAAGUGAAGGACCCAGAAGGGAAGGUGGUGCUGUCCCGGCAGUAUGGCUCAGAGGGCCGCUUCACUUUCACUUCCCACAUACCUGGUGAACAUCAGAUCUGCCUGCACUCCAACUCCACCAGGAUGGCUCUCUUUGCUGGUGGCAAACUGCGUGUGCACCUAGACAUCCAAGUUGGAGAGCAUGCCAACAACUACCCUGAAAUCGCCGCCAAGGAUAAACUGACAGAGCUGCAGCUCCGAGCCCGCCAGUUGCUUGAUCAGGUGGAACAGAUCCAGAAAGAACAGGAUUACCAAAGGUACCGUGAAGAACGCUUCCGGCUGACCAGUGAGAGCACCAACCAGAGAGUCCUGUGGUGGUCCAUUGCCCAGACUGUCAUCCUCAUUCUCACUGGCAUCUGGCAGAUGCGGCACCUCAAGAGUUUCUUUGAGGCCAAGAAACUGGUGUAAUGUCUUCUCUCCAUGUGACCCUUCCCUUUCUAGUUAUUUGUUCCUUUUCCCACCCAAUACCUUAUCCAUCCGGAUUUUGAGGGGGAAAAAAUGAAAAAGAAUAUAAGCCACAUUGGUUCCAUGGCAACAAACCAAUCAAAUCAGCCACUUGUUAACAUUACUUCUCCGGGACACAGGACAGAGGUCAAAGUGUUCAAAUGCUGUUAGUGCUGUCUUAAAGGGAUUUAUGAAGAAUGAAUUAACCCAGGACUAAGGCUUGCUUCUUGUGCCACCUUUCACAAAAUGAGCAUGUGAAAAUCUCCUUGCCUCCUGCUUUAACUUCUGCUCUCUCUUCGUUUCUUUAUACAGUAGGUGACUGAACACCCCACGGGAGGCCCUGCCUCACUAUCCCCUAGUCAGUACUGGGUUCAGUCAGUUGCUUUGUGAAUGUAAAUAAAGGGCAGAUCUUUGGCCCCAGAGGAUUGAGAUUUUUUCUAUAUAUUAGAACUAUUUUUUGAUAAAUUAUAUAUAUUUCCUUCCUAGUUAAAACAUUACUGCCUGUGUGUGAAGAGCCAAAAACACCACUGCAGUCUCUUCUGCAUUGUGUUUAUUCAUAGUUUCGUAGCUACCAGGGCAGCUCUCAGGAUUUCAGUGGUUCCUGAGCCAGACAUUUCAGUUGCUCUCAAGGCCUUAUCAGAGGGCCAGGCGGAGAGUUCUAAACACCUCAACUUCCAUCACAUAGGGCCUCAAAGUAAGAGGGAAGGUAGAGGCAGUUAGAGAGCUAGCAGUAGGCAGUGCACUCUUUACCCUCCCCCUUCCCUUAAGUUUUAUUUAAGCUAUGGUAAAUGUUUUCUUUGCAGGGACCUGAUCUGGUUCUUUAUACAGAUUUUUCCAGUGAAAUAAAAUGUGUUGUAGUA